AUGGCUCAAGGCAGUUACAUCUUGAGAAAUGUGUCAGGUCAAAACCCUGAAGAGUGCGUUCCUAACUACCUUGGGAUUGACUGCAGUUAUCAGUCAGACGUGGAUUACCUUAAGUGUGUGAACGAUUUCCAACACGGCGCCACCAUUAGGCGGCUAAGCCUUAAGAGGAGGCCCAGGGCGGCCGUCAACAAUGAGGAGAAAACACAGAGUGGCAUUCCAUCCAGCCAGUGGCAUUCAGCAGAAUCCUUGUCACCAUCGAGCAGUGAUGACACAAGACUACUGGGCAUGUCGUCUGCAACCAGAGGUCGACCUCCUCUUCCUCCACCACAUGGUUCCUCAUUGGAUAACAAACCCUCCAGGAAUGAAGGACCGGCAGCCUCUCAGACACCCAAUGAGUCAAAGCCUCAGCCUGCUGCAAGAUCUCUUGCUUUACAAAGACAAAGCCCCGUGGUGGAAAAGACCUUAAUAGAGACCUUCAAACACCUGGAUCAGGAGGUGACGAGGCAGCCUCCACCUCAGCCCCAUCCCCGUCGUCGACUGGCCAGCUUUGGUGGGGUUAGCUCCCAUGGGUCGAUCUCCCCCUUCACUGGCCUGGGCGUGUAUAAUCACAACAACAAUGGGAACAAACCUACCGGCUCAGGAAGUGAUAUGCACGUCAACCUUAGCUCGUCCAUGGGCAGUAGAGGCAGCACAGGAUGCCUCAGGCUGAGCCCGCAGAGCUCCGGUAGAAGCACCUCAGUUACAAGUCUCGGCCCCACGCACCUUCAGCAUGUCCGUGACCAGAUGGUGGUAGCUCUGCAGAGGCUGAAGGAGCUGGAGGAGCAGGUCACAAUCAUACCUAUCCUCCAGGUGAAAAUCUCAGUCCUUCAGGAGGAAAAGAGGCAGCUGGUCACUCAGCUCAAGAACCAUAGUGACAACGAGGAUGUGAAUGACGUGAUCUGUAAGAGAGCAUUGAAUGUGGAGGAAGGAGUUGAGGCUAUAAUGAGAAGUGACUGCAACGACCUCAAGGAGUUCAGACAACUGACUGAAGAGAUGCAGGCAUUGGAAAGAACCAUCAAAGGCGGACAUUUGCAAGAGUGGCAUGGAAAAGGCCAAAACCUUCUGCACGAAAAGGCUAGCAAAUCAGUCGCAGUUGGAACUGAUAACGAUAUAGAUACAGAUUUGUCUAAACCCACAAAAGAAAACAAAUAUGUGCACACUGAUCAGGUAGAGAUGAGGUCAAUUGGAACAGAAGUCUCUGAAGUCAAUCUUGGAAUUUACACAGAACGGGACGCAGAGAUUGAUGCCCAACAACUAAUAAUUGGUGCCUUGGAGGAGAAAGUUUGUCACUUAGAAGCCGAGUUGAAAGAAUCCGCUCUCCAGACAGAGAUGAGCCGUCUGAAACUGGAGCUUCAGGCUGCGGGAGCGAGGAACCGAGCUGAUAAAGCCUCCUUUGCUAGACCGUCCACUGUGAGCACAGGCACCGAGGCAAGGCCUCACACCACAAGCCAGGGAGUGGGUAAUCACACAGAGCUCAGAGAUGCCAGCACAGGGGAGGCAACAGAGGUGAAGACUGUGGGAGUAUCUUGUUUCAGACCUGAGCUGAAGAGUGUUUGCACAGGACCAGAUGUGCCAAUGACCCAGUGGGAGGUCAGGGAGCGGGUGGAGACCAUGGAGAAGGGUGUGGGGAUCCAAGUCUUAACAAACACACAAGGAGUUGGGAUGGAGAUAAAGUUAUGUGAUGCAGAAACCAACACAGAGGUACCGGUGGAGAAUCUGGGGUCUAAGAAAAGAAAGAUUGAGUAUCAUUCGGUUGGUUGUGGGGACUGUUCUGUAGAUGUGAUCAUCUACGAGGCAAAGGAAGUGGUUUCUCAAGGUAUUGCCACAGAUCAAGUCAGAGGAGUGGAUUUUGGAAUCAUGGCAUCACCCCAAACAACUUCUCAGCGUACCAACACCAUUUCCAGUUCAGUGUCUCGCUUUACCAACACCAGAAAUGCCUUCAACACAGACUCCAGCACUAAUACUGUCCUAAGUACCCAAGACAAGCACACCAACACCACUCAGACUUUAACUAGGACAGUGUCAGUCGGCAAUAGGGUCAAAGACGACAAAUGCACCCCAGAGACCCGAACAGUUGGUGUAGGAACUGCAAAUCUGCCAGGAAGUGCCUUAAAACAAACACCAGGGACGGUCGCCAAGGUAACCAGAGACGCUGGCACUGGAUUUACAAACAUUAAUGAGAAUUUCCUGAUUGGUUUGAAAACUCGAAAUAUGGCGUCUGGACCCUCCCAUCUCCCUGACCCCAUCAUGACAAGGAGCAUCGGUGUAGGAGACGGGAGGAUACGGGAUUUGUCAGCUUCAUCCAGCACACCUGGCCAGAAGUUCCAGCAAUCUUCACAGUCCAAUUGGGACUCCGAUCUGAACCAUUACAUAGAGAAGAUGCAUUGGCUCCUUAGGGAGCAUGGGGACCUGCUCACAGAAGACCACCAAGCUCAGCAGCGAGAUGGGUUUGUCCAGCAGCAGAGUAGCAAAGGAAGUGCCAGCUCCAAGAUGUCCUGCAAUAACAAAGCUGAAGGACAAGGAGGAACGGAAGUCCAACAAUUAGAUUCUCAGGAAUCAGUCAGCAGAGAGUUUCAGUCCCCAUCUCAACUCUUAGCUGACUCUUCUAAGUGUGACAAAGCAAACCAAGGAAUCUGCCAACAAGGUGGCAGUGAAUCAGAAGUGAAAAGAAUGAUACAGAUGUUGGAACAACAGACAUCCUCAGCUCUGAAAGACAGGUCAACUAACGCCGGUGUGUUGCGAUCUGUAAUGAAAAAACAAAAUGGCGACCAAGGUUGUAGCAGUAUCAGGAAGAGCAUGAAGUUUAUGAGGGUGACUACAGGAUUGGACCCCAUGUCAUCUUAUGAGCUCUCUGCCUGUGAGAAGGCCAACUCUGAGCAAGUGGAAAGGAAAGGAAGCAAAAAGUCAAGGGAAGCUUCUCAAGAUGGAACGCAAGGAAGAAAGGGCAAAGGGGGCUCCAGCAAGGGGUCAAAAGGUUCUGCAAAAUCACACACACAGAGGGGUAAGAUAAGUGAAACGAUGUUUUCUGCUUGUCAAGCCUUAAAGAUUCAUCUGAGUGAUAACGCGGCUUUAUCCAGCGGGGAAUUGCAUGACUGUCUACAAACACUCCAGCAAGAGUGGUUCUCUGUGUCGAGCCACAAGUCAGCUGCUGCUGACACUAUGGGGGAUUACUUGUCCACAUUUCGGGUCAUUUCACCAGAAGUAUUGCAGCAUAUCGCUAAUAUGGCUGACGGCAAUGGCAACACGGCUCUGCACUACAGCGUGUCUCACUCCAACUUUGGCAUUGUCAAGAAACUGCUUGAUGCAGAGGUGUGUAACGUCAAUCAGCAGAACAAAGCCGGCUACACGCCUAUCAUGCUGGCUGCACUCGCUGCUGUGGAAAGUCCAGCCGACAUGAGCGUAGUGGAGCAGCUCUUCACUAAAGGAGACGUUAAUGCCAAGGCCAGCCAGGCCGGGCAGACGGCUCUGAUGCUGGCUGUGAGCCACGGCAGGAUGGACAUGGUGCAGGCGCUCCUGGCACAGGGGGCGGAGGUCAAUCUCCAGGACGACGAGGGCUCCACGGCGCUGAUGUGUUCAAGCGAGCACGGCCACGCCGACAUCGUCAGACUGCUGCUGGCACAGCCGGACUGUGAUGCCACCCUCACUGAUAGUGAUGAAAGCACAGCCUUGUCUAUUGCUCUGGAGGCGGGACAUAAUGACAUUGCAGUGCUCCUUUAUGCACAUGCCAACUUCUCCAAAGGACAGACAGGGGCAGCUGCUCGUCACAGUGGCAAGUCUCUCUCCUCCCCUGGUGGCAGAAAUCUGUUUGAAUGAGGUGAUGCCCA